AUGAAUAGAAUUACACCGAUAUCGAACUCGAAAUCCAUAGAAGAUUGCGACAAAAUAGCGGGAGCUCGUGUGUUAUUAACAAUUUUAAGAUUUGUAGGCUUAUGGCCCUGGCAGAGUGAAUAUAAAAAUAAAAAUCAAAGGCUGUUAAAAUCAAAAAUACAAUUAUUACAAUGUGUCAUUAUACAUGUACCUGCUACUUUGUUAUUUUGCUUACUAAUGUGGGUGGAAGCAUUCACUUCGUCCGAUUUAGAUGAAGCUGGAAAUGUGUUAUAUAUGUCAUUGGCUUUAAGUGUUUAUAUAGUAAAAUUUAUAAAUAUCCGGAUAUUAGCCAAGAAAGCCACUUCAUUUAUUUAUGCACUAGAGUACAAUAGUUUAUAUGAUUUACUUACACCCGAAGAAGCGGACAUGUGGUCAAAACAUCAGAAAAGUUUUCGUAAUGUAGUGAUAAUUUUCACUAGUGGUAGUGUUUUUUCGGGUGUUUUCGCUUUUGUGGGUGUAUUAUUUGAUAAUGAAUAUCGUUUGGGUUUUCCCUAUUGGUUGCCAUUUGAAUGGCGUAAUCCAGAGAGAUAUUGGUAUGCUUACGGUUUUAAUGUCGCUGGCAUAUUGGUAUCCUGCUUAUCGAAUGUCAGUUUGGAUAUGUUGGGUUGUUAUAUGAUUUUUCAUAUUGGUUUGCUGUACAAACUACUGGGUAUGCGUUACUCUAGUAUACGAUCUAUAAGCGAAAUUGAAGCCAUUACAGAGUUGAGGAAGUUAUUUGUAAUGCACUCGAGUAUAAAAAGAAUGACCAAAGAAUGCGAAAUAUUAAUUUCCUCCUACGUCUUAGCUCAAAUAAUAUUCAGUGCUUUGAUAAUAUGUUUCUGUGGUUAUCGUUUACAAAGCUUAAACAUUUUAGCCGAAUUAAGUCAAUUCUUUGCCAUGCUACAAUUUCUAAGUGUCAUGAUUUUGGAAAUUUAUUUACCCUGUCAUUUUGCCAACCAAAUUACUUUAAAUUCAGGAAAUUUGAUAAAUCACAUCUACGACUGUGAAUGGUUGCAGUUUUCUAUAGUCAAUCGCAAAUUUGUAUGUUUGUAUAUGGAAUUUUUUAAAAAACCUGUACGUUUAAGAGCUGGAAAAUUCUUCGAUGUUGGUUUACCCAUAUUUACAAAGGUAAUGAAUAACGCCUACAGUUACUUUGCUUUGUUAUUAAAUAUUGAGAAAUAA